UAGAUUUUUUUUUCUAUUGUCUAUGAUAAUCAAAAACUCCGGAAAUUCAGCCAGUUUGAUCACUGGCAAACAGUUCAUCAUUCAUUCACAUAGGUCAUUGGCUCAAAUCGUCGCCAUCUUUUCUUCUUAAUUUUGUCGGCAAUAAGGAUCAGUCGAAAAUGAGUGCGGUAGAACGUUCAGGUGAUGACCACACAUCCGAGGUGGAAUCUGGAGAAGAAGAGGAAAUGGUUGGGGGUGGCGAACUAGCCCAACAUCUGAUAAAGAGUGGUAUCACCCGCAACGAGAUGAUAGCCGCAUUCACGAACCGCCUCCAUGCGGAAGCCUUAGCGUCUCUCCCGCCGAACGUGCGCCGGCGCAUCCGCGCGCUGCGCUCUCUCCAAAAGGAGUUCGUCGACAUCGAGGCCAAAUUCUACAGCGAAGUGCACGCUUUGGAGUGCAAAUACGAGAAACUGUAUAAGCCGCUUUUUGAAAAGCGCGCCCAAAUAGUAAGUGGUGCGUAUGAACCAACUGAUGAAGAAUGCCUGAACCCGUGGCGGGAAGAAACCGAGGAGGAUGAGCUGGCGCGCGCCGUGCAAGGAGCCGCCAUCACCGACGGCGCCGAGAAGAAGGAGGGCGAGGAGAAGACCAACGAGCCUGAAAUGGAUCCUAACGUGAAGGGAGUGCCCAACUUCUGGUACACGAUAUUCAGGAACGUGUCUAUGUUGUGUGAGAUGACGCAGGAACAUGAUGAACCUAUUUUGAAGAGCUUGCAGGAUAUCAAAGUGCAAAUGCAUGACGAGCCUAUCGGUUUCACGCUGGAGUUCCACUUCGCGCCAAACGAUUACUUCACUAACACGGUGCUUACAAAGGAGUAUUCAAUGAAAUGCAAGCCCGAUGAGGAGAACCCGUUGGAGUUUGAGGGGCCAGAAAUAUAUUCGUGCAAGGGCUGCGAGAUCAACUGGAAGAAGGGCAAGAACGUGACAGUGAAGACAAUAAAGAAGAAGCAGAAGCAUAAGUCACGAGGCUCUGUGCGCACCGUCACCAAGUCGGUGCAGGCCGACUCGUUCUUCAACUUCUUCACACCGCCGACCAUGCCGGAUGACCCCAACUCUACUUUGGCUUCCGAUGUUCAGGCGCUGCUGACGGCGGACUUCGAGAUCGGGCACUACAUCCGCGAGCGCGUGGUGUCGCGCGCCGUGCUGCUGUACACGGGCGAGGGGCUGGACGACGACGACGACGACGACUACGAGGAGGAGGAGGAAGAGGAAUGUUCGACGGAAGAGAGCGAAGACGACGAGCCGGCGCCGCGGAGACGCGCCAACAAGCGCGUCGGCAACAAGGCGGGCCACGACAACCCCGCCGAGUGCAAGCACCAGUAGCGGGCGCCGGCGGUCUGCAGCGCACUUGCGGCACGAUGCGGUGCUGACACGCCGCUACAAUAUUAAAUUGGCUAUUUUUGUAUGACUGACGGUGCAACAGUGAACUGGACUAUUAAUUUUUACCACCCAUUUUUAUAUAUCUAUUAAGCUGUGCUCUCGGUAGACAAACUGUUGGCGGCCGAUUGAGUUUGCGGCUACCGAUUUAGUAAGCACUUCCAUGUAUUUGAAAUGCAGUGUUCACAAUUUUGGGUGCUAAUUUUGCGGUGUGACGCGCGGCGAUUAUCUCAGUGAGCGGCCAAUUCCCAGCAAAACCGCUUCCAGUCGGCGGCGGCGAUAUGGCUUGCGACGUACGAAAAUUGAUCUGAGUUUGUAUCUAGCUAAUUAAAAUUUCAGUUCGCUACGGCUCACUCAGUCGGCCGCUAACAGUUAACUUACUGGGAAUACAGCCUUAUGAUUUGGCCAGUUCUUGGAUAUAAACAAAGGGACGUUACUAAGACUUAGCUAGGCCCUACAAUAUGUUUCCUUUCAUUGAUGCUUUAUUUUAUAAUCUCUGAUACACCAGUGCGGUAUGUUUAGGUGAAUUUUCGUCAUUUAUGCGCAGACGCAGUCUUGUAUACAAUAUAACUUGGUAGCAUAGUGGCGCUUCGCAUCGGUGCAUAUCGCAAGUGCGUUCAGAGUUUAAACAUUCGCGUGGUGCUGUAACGAUUAAAAUUUUGUACACAGUUAUCGCUACUUGUUCAGAUUUAACGUUCGAAACUCGUGACGACUUUGCUUUUUUCACUCGACGCGUUACUGUGAAUAGACAGCACAUGUUGCUCAAAUUGCCUUAUAAGGACAAUGCUGUUAAGUGAAACAUAUUUUGUUUACAACCUCGCAAUAGAUUAGCAGUCGGUUUCCACAUUCCCGGGUUAUGUAGUUGGGAUGUAUUGUUAAGUGUUGUCCGCCUUUUUUGUCGGUAAUUUCUUCCCAUUAUUAUUAUACAGGCUGUAGAAAAUUGGUAUAUCAUACUUUUGGAAGCCAAUGUAUUCAAUAGCCAAUGAGACGUGAGUAAAAAAUGAUUGAAAAAUGUGCAUGUAACAGCGAGUUAUACAAUUUGUAGGUGAUUGUAAUUUUUUUUUUUAAUUUCGUCGAAUGUUAUUGUGGAAUAAUUUACUAGGUAAUGAGUACACUGACCUCCAAAAGUAUUGCUAUAUAUCCUAUUCUGUGUACUUGUAAUAUAAUGGUGUCGAGGCAUGUUAGUUGCUAGUUUUCAAGGCGCUUGUGAUAUACUUGCACUGCCCUUGUCAACAACUAUAGUUAACGGUCUAUAAGACGGUAUUGUUUUUAACGUUAAAAUACUGCGCCCGUGCAAGGCGUUACAUGAUUCCGUGCAUUGAUAUUAUGUGCGAAAAUAGUGUCAUAGCAUUAGGGUAAUUUAACAUUGUUUGGUCGAAAGUAUCUCUGGUAGAUAAGUAUUCGUUGGUCAUUUUGGUAUGUACAGAAUUCAAUGUGAUUUAUUUUAGAUGCUUAUUUUUAUCUGAGGUGAUCAGAUUGUAAUUAGUGACGGAAGGACGCCACGUAACCCCAGUGUCGUGUAACUGGAUUAGUGUAAAGCUGAAUCGCGUACACCAGCUUUAGGAUAUUUGUACACAACUUUUUAAAUAAAUUUAAUAAUUAAACAG